CCUUCAUUUCCUAAUGGGUUCCCGAGGAGGCAUGUUCUCCAGGAUCCUCAGUCUCUUUCGGAGGGACAAUCAUAUCCAUGCAGAGACCAGACCAAGGCAGAGGGAGGCCAGCCUUCUAUCACGUUGGAGAAUAAGACGAAUGGAAAGGUCCUUGAGGAGGUCAAAGUCUGAUCAGAAGGCAUCAUCCCAACCCUCCACGACACCUGUUGAGGAGGAGAGAAUGAAGCGUUUGGAGAACCUCAAAACUGAUCUCCACAAGAUGCAGAAGGAGAGAGAUGAACUCAGGAGAAUCCUGGCGGAUUACCCUGGAAAGAAUUUAAAUGACAGGAACAACUUUGAGUCCGAGAUGCUCAUGAAGCAGCACGAGGAAGUGAUGACCGACAUGAAGAAAAUGAGCGAGCAGGUCAAUUAUGCUUUGGUCAAAUGUAAAAACCUUACACUGGAAAAUGACUGGUACUGCCACAGCUUCUAUCCCCUCCUAACUGAGUUUUUUGAGCUGAAGAACAAUGGCCAGAGAGCAAGGAAUGAGAACAGGGAGCUUCUAUGGGAUCAGAUUGCACUGGAAGAGUCCAUUAAGGAAACAACAAGGUUCUGUGGGGAAGCCAGUAUGAAAAUCCGCGUAACAAGCAGCCUCAGGUCUGAACACUGCAGCAGAAGCUUGCCCAUGGCCCAGACCAGGACUACAGCUCUCAGAGACAGACCUGUCCACCAGGAGCACUGAGGGUGCAAAGAUUGACAACUCCUCCCGCAUCUCAGUCCUUGUAACCGUUCCAAUCUUGGGCUGAAUUUGAAAGACCUUGAGAUGUGGCAUGGAACAUGCCUCACGUUUAACCCUUUGACGACUUGUCCAUCCACAACCAACCACUCGGAAUGAGGCAGGUCUACAUUCCUCUUGAAGAGAUUUUUACCAUCUUCCCUGCCGUUCUGCUGUGUUUGCAAGGCCAGCAACAGGCUGGAGUUAUAUGUUGAAAGAUCAGCAGGAAUUGAAUGCUGCCUAAUUUACUUGUUAUAUUUGGUUAUUAGUUUGAAGUUUGGUUGUUUUAUGCAUUUGGUUUUACUUGUUUAAGUUUGAAGUUUUGUUUUUCAUUUGUUAACUUUAGUUUUUUAAUUAAUAUGCCAUAUUCCUAAGGCUAUAUACAUUGAAGUCACUGACUCCACACUUUAAAAUGUUCUUGAAUAAAUUAAUGUUUACCUAUAAAUAAAAACGUGACCUUUAACCCUUCACUCACAAGGCCGUCCUGAGUCGUGUGUGGUUCUUCCUCCUGUAACAGCACAAGUGUAAGGCAACAGUGGUUUUCUGCAAGUCUCAUGCAGCGUAGGCUUCACCAUCAGUUCA